ACAGGAUUUGUAGAGGGACUGUGACCAACAAGAUCUUUGUGAUUCUUUUCCAGAUGGAUGAACUAUACUUGACCUUUCACUUCUCAUCUCUCAUGGUGUUGGUGUUCCAUGUUUUCUUAACACACGUCUGUGAAGGUCAGUCUGAACUGAUCGGUUCAUCUCAGCCAAUAGUAUCAACUCUUGGUGAAGAUGUGGUUUUACCAUGUUACCUGCAGCCUGCUGUAGACGUCACUGACUUGACGUUGGAGUGGGCGAGACCUGAUCUGGAGCCCAGAUUUGUUCACGUUUGGCGCUCCCAACAGGAACUUGUUGGUCAAAACCAUGAUUUGUUUACAGGGAGAACAUCUCUGUUCAUUGAUGAGCUGACGAAAGGAAACAUUUCACUGAAACUCUCCAAAGUGAAACUCGCUGAUGAGGGAAAAUACAAAUGUUUUAUUCCAUCACUGGAGAAGGAGACUUUUGUUCAGCUACAUGUUGCAUCAGCUCCUGUGUCCUCACCUGUCAUCAGUUUAUCAGGGAUGGACAGAGACAGAGGAGGAGUGGUGUUACAGAUAUGCCAUCCAGACAGUGACCAGCGUUAUGUUCUACCUGGUGAGCUGGUCUGGGAGGACCUUAAGGCCUGGAGGAUGUUCCACGUCAUUUCCAGAUCGACUGUUAACUCUGGUGCCUUCAGUGUCCUGUAUUUCUACUCCUCUCUUUUCCUGAUACCCUCGUGUGGAGGUCAUGUGAUCGGUCCGUCUCAUCCGCUGACAGCUCUCAUCGGUGAGGACAUCAUUUUGCCAUGCCACCUGGAGCCUGCCGCCGACGUCUCCCGGGAGACAGUGGAGUGGUCGAGGCCGGACCUGGAGACCAGGUUGGUGUACGUGUGGCGCGGCAGCGAUUACGUGGAGGCGAUUGAUCACCCGUCCUACAAGGGAAGGACGUCGCUGUUCCUGGUUGAGAUGAAGCACGGAAACAUUUCUCUGAGGUUGUCCACGGUGAAGAUCUCUGACGGGGGGACGUACAAGUGCUUUGUUCCAAAACUGGUCUCCAGCUCCACGGUUCAGCUGGUUGUUGGUUCUGUCUCCUCACCACUUAUCACCAUCGUUAAUAUCACCAGAGGAGGAGUGGUGUUACAGAGGAACACUUGUCAUGUUCUUCUCGUUCAUUCUUUUAUCUGUGUGACUUUAUUCCUCUUUCCGUGCUUCAUCCUCACAGGAAUAAAACCAGAAGACUUCUCUACUCAUAGUUCCAGUUCAUCUUCUGCCAUCACCAUUGGCGUGAUUAUUGUCGCUCUUAUGGUCAUCGUUGCGGUUUCUGUUUUCCUGUGGAAAUGGAGACAGAAAAAACUCAAGAACAAGAAAGAUCUUAAUGAUGAAGAAACCCAGAGAGAGAAGGAGAAGAAGAAUGAUCCAUCAACAGAGUCUUUGAUGGGAGGAAGAAGAGAAAGAGAGACACUGGAGGACGAGGACAUGGAGACACGUCCAGGACUUAACCCUCAGAUGGACGAUAAAACUCAACAGAUUCAAACCAACCAUGAUCUGGUCCAGAUACAAGGAGAGAGAGAGGAAGGAGCAGGAAUAACUGAGAGAAACAGUUUGGACACUAAGACACAACCAGAGACUGAACCUGGAAGAGAAAAGACAGAAGAUAAGACGGAGGAAAAACCAGAGACGAGACAGAAUCAGCAAACAGAAGAAGGAGAGAAUAUGAUGACACAACAUAGAGAAGAUGAGAUGGAUGAAGGAAAACAUGGAGGAGAAACUCUGAAUGAUGAGGAGCAAGGUAAGAUGAAGAAGAAGAUAAAAAUACCAUUUAAAAAGACUGAGAUUAAGAAGAAGAAGAAGAAGGAAACACAACCUGAAGAAACAAAGGUUCAGAAUGUGGAAGAUGAAAGAAAACAUGGAGGAGAAGGACUUCCUGCUAAGAUGGACGAUAAAACUCAACAGAUUCAAACCAACCAUGAUCUGGUCCAGAUACAAGGAGAGAGACAGGAAGGAGCAGGAAUAACUGAGAGAAACAGUUUGGACACUAAGACACAACCAGAGACUGAACCUGGAAGAGAAAAGACAGAAGAUAAGACGGAGGAAAAAACAGAAAUGAGACAAAAUCAGCAGACAGAAGAAGGAGAGAAUAUGAUGACACAACAUAGAGAAGAUGAGAUGGAUGAAGGAAAACAUGGAGGAGAACCUCUGAAUGAUGAGGAAAAAGAGAAGAGAAAGAAGAAGACAAAGAUACAGAUUAAAAAGAAGAAGGAAACACAACCUGAAGAAGCAGAAGUUCAGAAUGUGGAGGAUGAAGGAAAACAUGAACGAGAACCAAAGGACAAAGAGACAGAAAAACUGAAGAUAAAGCUACAGAUGAAAGAAAGAGAAGAGAAGAAAUGUGAGGAAAGAGUUUCUCGAGUAAAGAAUCAGACGAAGGAGAAGCAGAAACAGAUAAAUGAACUGAUACAGCAGAAGAGAGAGAUAGAAGAGAUAGAGAAAGAAAGACUGAGAGAAGAAGAUGGAACUGAGAAAACUCCUCUAGAGACAAAGAAAGAUCUGGAGAAGAAGAAAUCUGAACUUGACAAAGAUCUGGAGAAGAAGCAGAUAGAGAUGUAUAGAAUGAGGAAGAAGGAGUCUCUCUUAAUAGAGAGAAUAAAUAAAACAACUAAAGAAAAAGAGGAGAUUGUUAGAAAACUAGAGGAGAUGGAGAAAGAGAAGAAUGAAGGAGAGAAUCAGAGAGAUUCAGAUGAGGACCUUUGAUGAACUGGUGGAAGUUAAACAGAGAUUGAAUAAUUCACUCCUCUUCUUUGAUCUAAAUUUUGUCAUUUCCUCAUUUUGAUUUCUACUUUUAAUUUUAUUCUAUCUUUCUUUUUUACUCUAUUUCUGUUGUGUUUUGUGACCCAGUGUUAAUUUUAACAGCAAAUUCUGAUUUAGUCUUUUGAAUCGCAGCGUUUAGUUUCAGUCAUAUUAGUCAUCUGAAAUCUUUUAGUUUAGUUUUAGUCGACUAAAUGUUUCAUUCUAAGUAUCCAUCAGUCAGUCACGGAAUGGUGUUAAGGUUUGAAUAUACAAUACAGACACAGAUUUAACAAUACAAAACAUGUAUUUUAUUUUGUCCACAAGUCAAGGGAAGUUUCUCUCAUGUCAUGUUCAUACUCUGUUUCAGUCAUUUUAGAACAGGAAGGGUAACUGUACACGAAUACCAUCUUUUUCAAUCAUUAUGUUGUUUCACAUUAUUGAAUAGUUUAGUUAUAAUUUAGUUUUUUUCAAUUAUCACCAGGUCACUACACAUUAUCCCCUACAUGUGUUUCUGGUCUUUUGUGUCGUAUGUAAAGUGUGACCAGAUCCCAUUUCUUCAUUUUCAUAUCUGUUGUUCAUGAACUGUGUUUGUUGUUUUUCCCACUGCAUUUUAAAAUGGCUUCUGCAUCGAUCAACCUGCCCUCAAAAGACUCACUCUGAUUGGAUCUGUCCUCCAUUCGUCCCUUCUAACAUAUUUGUCUAAUUUUUACUCGUUUAAAGUGUACUUUACAUUUCAUCACAGUUUUCAUCAUCAUAUCCGACUUUUUAUUUAGUUUGUAUUUCGUUUCUCGUCCGUUUAAAGGUUCAUUGACGAAUAUUUUUCAUCAUUGUCUUCGUCAAUGAAAUGAACCGCUGUGACCAAGCUCCUGUGGAUGAUUAAAGUCUAAUGAUCUCAGGUAACGGAGCAAAUGUUCCUUCUACCUGUUGUAGCUGAUUCCAGGCUGAUUAAAACUGUGGCCUCUGAACUUA